AUGUCGCUCGCGACAUCAGCACAUCGGCCGUCCAGCAAAGAGCGCCCCCACCAUGCGCGCGCCCCCUACGCUGCGUCCAAUGCAACUCGUCUGCGCACGCCCAAUGCGACGCUGAGUGAAGAGGCCAUGUCCAACGCCUCCCAUGCACACAAUCCGGGGGAGGGGGCCAUCGACUCGCCCACCGAGGAAGAUCCCCGGACGGCGCGCUGGCGGGAGCACUACCUGCGCACUGAAGCGCGUCUCAACGCCAUCCUCGGCGGCACAAACGCUGUCGACCUGCUUGAUCCCCUCGAUGCUGCCCCCAUGCCCGCGUCCGGCCAUGCUCCGCUCGCGCAUGACGCGCGCCCGGCCGUCACGCCCAAAAAGGCUGCCCGCACCAUUGACGAAGACGACUACGGCGACGACGACGAAGACGACGACGACGACGACGACGACGACGAUGACGAAGACGCAGAUGACACACGCACCUCGCCGCUGCUCGCGAAAACUGCUCUCCACCGUGUUGCUGCCACCCCGACCACGCCAAGCAUCCGCACACCACCUCCACACAAGCCCGCCCACGAACGCACAAGCACGCCAUCGUCAGAGCAGGCCAAGUCCUCGGAUGACGUACGCAAGCAGCUGCAGCAAGACAAACAGGCCGCUGAGGAUGCCGCCAAGCAUAGCUUCCACACGCUGUUCUACACCCUCGAGAGCGACCGCGAUGCCAUGCUGGAGCAGCAGAAGCUCGACGAAUUGGACCGCCAGGUAGAACAGGAGACAUCAGGCGCCCCCGCAAGCGCCCUUGCCAACGGCACUGCCGUCGCCGCACCCCAGCAAGGCACCCUCAGCACCACGAACCUCGGCGCAUCGAGUCUCACCCUCAAACACCUCAUCUCCCGCAUCGACGCCCAGCGCGACCGAGUACAUGCCACCGAUGCCCAACUACGUAGUCUGAUAAGCGAGGUCCGCAAGAACAGGAGCAAGUGGGCGAAUGAGGACCGUGUUGGGCAGGAGGAGCUUUACGAGAGCGUCGAGAAGGUGCUCAUGGAGCUCAAGGCCGGCGAACAUGCGCAUCCCUUUCUGCAGCGCGUCAACAAGCGAGAAGCGCCAGACUACUACAACGUGAUUAAGCAUCCCAUGGACAUUGGUACGAUGAUGAAGAAGCUCAAGCAGCUGCAGUACAAGUCGAAGAAGGACUUCGUCGAGGACCUGAUGCUGAUCUGGUCCAACUGCCUAAAGUACAACGCUGACCCCAACCACUUCCUACGAAAGAAAGCUCUGCACAUGAAGAAGGAAACCGAGAAGCUCGUCCCUCUCAUCCCUGACAUCACGAUCCGCGAUCGUGCUGAAGUCGAGGCUGAAGAACGAAGGAUGCGCAAUGGCGAUAUUGAUGCUGACGGCGCUGACGACAGCGAGGAUGAAGAACCCAUCAUGGCCUCACGAGGCCGAAAGGCGCCGAGCAAAGGAGGAAAAGGCUCGAACAACGCAAGGAAAGCACUUCCUGCAGGCUCAGAGGACACACCAGGACCAGAGCCCAAGCCGCCUGUGCCAUCCCUCAACAGCACCGUCUCGAAUCUGAAGAACGAGUUCUUACGAGCUGACUCCGAGAUGGAAGGAAGCGUCAACGGCCUUUCGACCCCUCCACCACCCGGCACUUUGACCCCAUUUGGCCCCAACAGCGUAUCAAGAAGCGGUGCACCCGGCAGUCAACCUGACUUCUCAGAGGCGGACGGCACCGGUGCUUCUGUUAGUGGUUUUACUCUGGAAGAAGAUGCUGAUCUCGACGAUUUGGAGUAUAAGACUUGGAAGCAAGUCACCAAGAAGGACCGAGCUACGAUUGCCGCAGAACGACACCGCCUUUUCCGUGAUGAGAUACUUCAGCCUGAAGAGCCUGCUAUUUUGCGCUCAAAAGCUGGCAUGCGAAGAUGGCUUCGUCACCGCAAAGAGGCCGAUGCAGAUACUGCCAUGGGUGCUAUUUUGGCACCAGACGGUAAGGAUGGCGUUCAAGCGGUUGCUGGCGAAUCGCUGGCCGAGGGAAUCCAGGAUGAAGAGGAGCGCCAGAUCCCGGAUUAUUAUGACCCUGUCUGUGUGAUACCUGACCUCAAUGAGACUCUCCAGUGGGUCGAGGAUGCCGAAGGGCAUGUCGUUCAGCAAAGAGAAGAGUACAUGCGAAUCUUCCCCAAAGGCCAAUUCACAGCACCAGACAGCGCUCUAACAGAGCGAAUGGACAAGAACAUGAACUCGCUACAGGAGACCAGGAAAAUUUGCGCCAAGAUUGGCAUUGUCAAGCAGAUGCAGCUCCAGUCCCAACUGUACCAGAACCAGUUCCAGAAAUACGAACCUCAGCCCUUUCAUGAGGCAGACAUUGAGCCAAUGGUAGUAUCAGAGGAGGGCCCCCCAAUGGCACCCUAUGUCUGCCGCGCAGCUUUGCAGCGCAGUGUGGGCAAGAUCUUCUACCAUGCCGGGUUCGAGGAGUUCCAGCCUUCCGCCCUAGAUGCAGUUACCGAUAUUGCGGCCAAAUUCUUCCAAAAUCUUGUCCAGUCUUAUGGUAUCUAUCACGAGACCCCCAAGAUGAAGUCUGACACGCCGGUACCUCUGGAGAGUGGACAACUGACGAGCUGGGUACCGCGGUUCUCUCAGGAAGAGGCCCUAUUACAGUCGUUGCAUGUCAACGGCGUUGACCUAGAAUCCUUGGAGACAUAUGUCAAGGAUGACGUUGAACGACUGGGCACGAAGCUUGCCAGUAUGCAUGAUCGUAUGCGAUCGUACUAUGCUGAGCUGCUUCGACCGGCUCUGGACAACGUUGGCGCAGAUGGCGCAGGUGCUUUCAAUGACGGCAGUGAGCAAUUCGUCGGUGGUGAUUUUGCUGAAGAUAUUGGCGAAGACUUCUUCGGCUUCAAAGAGCUUGGACUAGACCGAGAGUUUGGCUUGACCUUUAGUGUGCCAUUGCAUUUGCUGCAAAACAGGGUUCACAAUGCGUAUGCCAGACAAGACAACAACAACAUUGCUACCAUCGGCAACAUCAUGGACGAGCCACCGAAGUUCGAGCCCGUCUCUGCACAGGUCGCUGAGGGCCAGAUUGGCCUCGUUCGCAACUGGCUCCUCAACAAGCUUCACGACCACAACAACCAGACUCUUGUUGAAGACGAUGAUCUUCCACCUAAGCAGCGCUUCCCUAAACCCCGUUUGCCUCCUACAGGCAAGAUCUCCAGUCCUCGCAAGCGCCCACUGCGAGAACAACAACAGCUGGCUCGUAAGAAGCGCAAGCUCGACGAAGAGAAGGAAGAGACCGGUGAAGCGGGCUCUGCACCUGCUGGUAUCCUCAAAGGUAUAGGCAAACCGAUCGGCAAGCUAAAACUGGAGCCGCGCCGAGACGAACACAGCAUCCAAGAGCCCGAGAAGGACGACGGCAGCGGUAUGCCCAGCCCACCCGAGUCGUUUUAG